CAGUUAAGCAUCUAAUGGACCCCCUCUCCAUCAAAGGAUAAAUACGGGCUGAAUGAGGUAUUGGUACUGGUCCACAUCUGGGUGUAUUUUCAUUGACGUGGAACAGCUGCACGCAUAGGCUGUCGGGACCCUGAGCCAUGUCGUCCCAACUGUCUCAUCCACGCCUCAGGAAGUCGCCUUCUGACUCUUCUUCUUCCUCUUCGUCAUCCCCCGCCAACGAGGGCCUGAGGCAUGAGCGACUAUCUAGACUGAAGUCGUCUGGCGAGUCGGACGCCUCCAACGACACGACGAAAAACCACGCCGAGUCGUAUUUCUCGCGGCGAGAGAACAGACUGUCAGCGAGGAAAAAGGCCGAAGAGGAGAUAGCGGACAAUGAUUAUAAAAAGAUGUAUGAAAAAGCACUGGCCACCAAUCAGAGGCUCAAGUCUAGACUGGAAACCAGUAAACAGGAAUUGGUUGUGAUAAAGGAGCAGCUGCAGAGAGCUCAGCAGAAGGAGAAAAAGAGAGAAUUGGGUUCCAACAUGCUUGAAACAGAGAAAAAGGAUAGUCGGAGUCUCAGGAAGAAAAUAUCUGACAUGGAAGAACAAGUGAAGGUCAAAGCAGAACUUCACACGGAAAACCAAAGACUGAAGGAUGAAAACGGAGCGCUGAUCCGCGUCAUCACCAAAUUAUCCAAGUGAUUUAAUCCAAGCUGAACAGAUGGCUGAGUACUGGAUCGCUGCGACCUGUUUUAUGUCUCAUGAUAACAACACAGGUUCUUGGCCUCCAGUAUGCAGACAGUGAGUUUCCCGGCAGUGGGGACGUAACGCAGGGAGAUGCAGAUGUCCCCCAGUUUCUCAGGCUGAAACAGCACAGAUGCCAGAGUUGUCAGAUCCUCUCCAGUUCUGUCAGGUUGGAUGGUGGACGUUAGUGGGCAGCCAUUUUCAGGUGAACCUUCGGCCCAGUUUGAGGUUCUGAGCACUCUGAAGUCGUCCAGGAUAUCCCUGUACUUGGCCGCAUUCAUCUUUUCUUCGACUGCAACCAGUUUCCCUCUCCCUGCAGCUGAAAAACACCCCCACAGCAUGAUGCUGCCACCACCAUGCUUCGCUGUUGGAACCGUAUUGUACAGGUCCCGCCACUCCUCGAUGGGACGCCCGAGGUCGAUGGUGUUCAUGGGCAGCUUCACCUCGCCGAUGACGUCGUGCUUGGAGAAGCGAUCGUAGUCGAAAACGGACAUCACCAAAGUUUUGCCACCGAGCUCUUCGUAGGGCACCUGCCGUUGUGAACAAAAUCUGAAUCAGAAUCAGAAUCAUCUUUAUUUGCCAAGUAUGUCCAAAACACACAAGGAAUUUGUCUCCGUGUGUUUUGGACAUACGUGUUUUUUGGACAUACUUGGCAAAUAAAGAUGAUGAUAAAGAAAUCCGCAUUUAAGGAACCAUUGCAGAGAUAAUACAAGUAAUGAAUAAAGCCUCUAAAAACAGGCAAGAUCAAUGUAUUCAGUGUUUAAAUUCGGGGAAUUUGACUAGCUGCCAGCAAAUCGCACGGCACGUAUACACAAACAAGCAUUCACAUUCACAUUGACACCUGUGGACAAUUCAGAGUUAUCAAUUAACCUAGCAAGUAUGUUUUUGGAAAGUGGGAGGAAGCCAUGCAAACACCGGUAGAACAUACACCUGGGUGUUUUAAUUGAUGAUCAGCUUUCUUUUGGAUGUCAUGUAGAAGGCCUGAUCAAAAGAUUUAAGCUGAAACUGAACAACUUUAUACGAAUAUGAAUUGUUAUAACCACGCAUACACAUUUUUGACAGCUAGUUCACUCUUAGGCCUACUUCCCAAUGUUUAUUUGGCUACAUCAUUAGAAGCCAGAGUACUUAUCAUGUACAUUCCCAAGAAUUGUAUUUGCUUAAUGUUGCAGAAGUUUGCACACUAUUUUAUGCAUUCUGCACCUGAUGGUUGGAAUUCACUUCAGAGGCGGAACACAUUAAAACUGUACUUACUACUACUACUUUAACAAAGUAUUUUGAGUGACUCGUUAGCAUCCAAAAUGCGUGUCUUGAAGCAUCCAUCCAUCCAUUUUCUAAAGUGCUUGUGGUCAUUAGGGUCGCAGGUGAGCUGGGACCUAUCCCAGCCUACUUUGGGCAAGAGGCACUGUACAUCCUGGGCUGGGGUGUAGACAAACAACCAUGUAUGCUGACAUUUGCAUUUAUGAACAAUUUAGAGCAAAUGUGUCAAACUCAAGGCCCGGGGGCCAGAUGCGGCCCGCCACAUCAUUUUAUGUGGCCCGUGCUAAAAUCUGUACCGAUAUUCCAAAUUGUCAUAAUAAUGAACAAUAAUGUUGAGAUAUUGCAUUUUUCUGUUACCAAACCCGUCUUCUACAGUAAUUUAAACAAUACUUGAACAAACUAUUAUCCUUGUCUUCUGAUUUCAAACCGAGUUAUCCCUCAAUUUGUUGUGUAAUGGUAAUAAUAUGUUUUGGUGAUUAAACAUUUAUAGGAUUUCACUGUUCUAAUGGCCCUCUGAGGGAAAUCAUAACUUCAGUGCGCCCCGAGACGAAAAAGAGUUUGACACCCCUGAUUUAGAGUCUUCAGUUAACCUAACAUGCAUGUUUUUGGAAUGUAGGAGGAAGCCAGAGUACCUGUAGAAAACCAACACAGGACAGCCUGAGCCAAGAUUCAAAUUGAAAACCUCAGAACCAUUGAAAACCACAGAACCAUUCCACCAGGCUCCCCAAAGUUAGAACUAAAAAAAUACUUACACCUCAAGUUGGAAAAUUAAACAAAAAACUGUAGAAUUGAGUGUAACAGGGUGAACUAUUAUUCUGAGAUUCGGGGUGCGAAUCUCGGCACCAGCCUUCCUGUGUGGAGUUUUCACGUACUUCCCAUGCUUGAAGGCUCUAAAUUGUCUCAUGGGUAAAAUGUGAUUGUGAAUGCUUGUUUGUCUCAUUGUGCCCAGUGAUUGACUGGCGACCAGUCCAGAGUGUACACCACCUCUCGCCCAAAGUCAGCUGGAGCGGGCUCCAUCUUACCCUCAUCCUUGAGGCGGACAACAGCUAUAGAAAAUGCAAGUUUGGACGUACAAUUGAUCAAUUAACAGAAUUCCUCCGGAUGCCCAUCCCCAGGCUCCUGUGAAACACUGAAAUGGACAAGCUGAAGCGUAUCUCGAGACAGUAAAUGGUGAAAAUGAAGACAUCUUCGUCUCACAAUAGGAACACUGUACUGUUCAGUAAGAUUGGCUCUACAGCAGCAGCAAAUGGGCAGACAGGCAGAACUUUCAAUCUGACCCGGAGACAUUUGUCAAGUCCCUACAGACCUUAUUAACUGAGAAAAGCAGCCUCACAAACCUGGCAUAACACGUUCCUAAUAGACUUUGGUGCUCUCACAUACUUUGGCUUUUACAGCCUUACCUUGAAGACAAAGGUCUCAUUAAAGACGGGGUUGAGCGUUUUCUUGUGGACUUUGGUGUCAAACUUCUUCUUCUUGUCGGGGAAGAGCAGAACUCGAACAUAUGGAUCAGAAGUCCCGCCCGAAUCCAUGGACAUGAGUUCUGCCGCUUGAAGGAUCCCGACUGUGAGCUGUGCAUGGAAAUGAGACGCAACCGCAGCUUGAUUUAUGUCAGGGUUACUUUUUGCAGACACCGACAAACUAUCGCAAUCAGUCAACGUGUGUCUCGCCUGACUGGAGAAGUAUUAAACUCUUCACUGUCACAAAGGGUACAACAACAACUCCAAACAAAACAACAUUAUGUCGUCUUUCUUCCACCGGACAUGUCGUCCCCACUCAAGUGAUCACUGGUUGGCAGCAGAGAAAAUUGCAACCUGACAUAUGUAAAGCCCUGAAAAACUGAAGAAAAUUAUUCACCACAAUGGCCUUCAAAAUUAGUACAAUUCUUGUUUUGACAUUGGUUUACCCGGUUUGUAACUUUGAAAUGCUAUACUUCGGGACCGUCAUAAACUGAGGACCUCCUGUAUAACUAGCUUUAGACACUUAAUAGGGAACCACAGACCUUUGUGUUCUCAAAGUCAUAGUCGAUGGAAUAUUGCAGCUUGCCCAGCUUCUCUUGUUCCUUCUCCUCUUCCUCCUUCUCCUCUUCCGUGAGCCCGGUCUCUCCCUCAUCGUCGUCUUCAUCCUGUGGUUUCUGUGAUGAUGAAGUGAUAACACGAUGAUAUCAAAUGUCAAGAAACUAUGACGUUCAAUGCACUGGGGCCCCCAGUAAAUCUCUAGCAUGCCAUGGAGCCCCUUUGAGUGCACUGCUUACCUGCGCAUAAAUAAACCCAAGAAUAUCAACACUGAUUUUUUUUCUUUUUUUUUUUUUAAACUCUAUCCUCUUAU